AAGCUAAGAAUAAUAAUGUAAACUAUAGUCACAAAAACUAGCCGUUAUUAUUAACAUAAACUGCAACAACCUUUGACCCAUUCUUGUACUAUCUACUAAAAAUUGCUCUUUUAUCUCUCACUUCGUUAAACCAUAAACCUCACUUCAACUUUCUUCAUUCAUUCACAAUCUCACAUACCCAAUAUCAGAAAUCUUUCUCUUUCUCUAAAGUUUUCAUCUUUCUUCACUCUCUUAUUGAAAGCUUGUUUCUUUGCAUAGCAUAGCCAUUGUUGUUCUUAGUUCAACUUCCAUGGAGAACAAUACUUGGCAUAAUGCUAAAGAUUUGAUUUUUGGCUUAAACCCAUUUCAGAAAUGUAGAAAAAAUCAAAAGGGUAGUUUUAUUUUAUUGAGUUUUUUACUUUUUGUAUGUUUUAGUGUUGAACCUGUUUUAGGUCAUUUAUGGGAUGGUGUUGUUGUAACACAAUCUGAUUUUCAAUCUCUAAGGGCUAUUAAAAAUGAACUUAUUGAUUCAAAAGGGGUUUUGAAAAGCUGGAAUGAUAGUGGUUUAGGUGCUUGUUCAGGUAAUUGGGUUGGAAUCAAAUGUUUGAAAGGUGAAGUUAUUGCAAUUCAACUUCCUUGGAAAAGUUUAGGUGGAAAAAUUUCUGAGAAAAUUGGUCAACUUCAAUCUCUUAGGAAAUUAAGUCUUCAUGAUAAUGCACUUGUUGGUUCAAUUCCUUUUUCUCUUGGUUUUCUUCCUAAUCUUAGAGGUCUUUAUCUUUUCAAUAACAAGCUUUCAGGUUCUAUUCCUCUUUCUAUUGCUAAUUGUCCAAUGCUUCAAUCUUUUGAUGUUAGUCAUAAUUCACUUAUUGGUAAAAUUCCUUCUGGUUUAGCAAAUUCAACUAGGAUUUUCAGGAUUAAUUUGAGUUAUAAUUCACUUUCUGGUUCAAUUCCUAGUUCAUUCACUAUGUCACAUACUUUAACUAUUCUUUCUCUUGAAUUCAAUAAUUUAACUGGUCCUAUUCCAAGUGAAUUAGGUAAACUUACAAGGCUUAGAAUUCUUGAUCUUUCAAACAAUGCUAUCAAUGGUAGUUUUCCUUUAAGCUUCUCUAAUCUGUCUUCUCUUGUUUCAUUGAAUGUUGAAAACAAUCAUCUUGAAAACCAUGUGCCUAAUACUUUUGAAAAUUUACAUAACCUUUCUGUGAUUAACUUGAAGAACAAUAAGUUUGAUGGUAAAAUUCCAUCAACACUUGGAAACAUCUCAAACAUUAGUCAAAUUGAUUUGUCUCAGAACAAAUUUGUUGGUGAAAUUCCUGAUUCUUUUACUAAACUAGCAAAUCUAAGUUCAUUCAAUGUCUCUCAUAACAAUCUAUCUGGUCAUGUUCCAUCUCUACUUUCCAAAAAAUUCAAUGCUAGUUCAUUUGAAGGGAACUUUGGUCUAUGUGGUUACAUAAGUUCAAAACCAUGUCCUUCACCAUCACCACCACCUCAUAAUCUUCCAGCUCAAUCACCAGAAGAACCUCCCUCAAAGAAACAUCACAGAAAAUUGAGCACAAAGGACAUAAUCCUCAUAGUAGCUGGUGUUCUUUUGUUGAUUUUGUUAUUACUUUGCUGCUUUUUGCUUUGUUGUUUGGUCAGGAAAAGAGCUUCUUCAAGCAGAAAGAGUAGCAAAGCUGCCAAAGCUGCUGCUUCUGCUAGGAGUGUGGAGAAAGGCGGUCCAGCUGGUGGUGAAGUUGUAUCAGGAGGUGAAGCUGGUGGAAAACUAGUUCACUUUGAUGGACCAUUUGUGUUCACUGCUGAUGAUCUUUUGUGUGCUACUGCUGAGAUAAUGGGGAAAAGUGCUUAUGGAACAGCUUACAAGGCAACAUUGGAAGAUGGUAAUCAAGUUGCUGUGAAGAGGUUGAGGGAGAAGACUACUAAAGGACAGAAGGAGUUUGAAGCUGAGGUUGCUUCACUUGGCAAAAUCAGACAUCAAAAUCUGUUAGCUCUUAGAGCUUACUAUCUUGGACCUAAGGGAGAGAAGCUUCUUGUGUUUGAUUACAUGAGUAGAGGAAGCCUAGCAUCAUUCCUUCAUGCUCGCGGACCUGAAAUCAUCGUCGAGUGGCCAACAAGGAUGAAAAUAGCAAUUGGAAUCACCAAUGGGCUAUGUUGCCUUCACAAUCAAGAGAAUAUAGUACAUGGCAAUCUGACCUCAAGCAACAUACAAUUAGAUGAGCAAACAAAUCCUCACAUCACAGAUUUUGGUCUUUCAAGACUAAUGACAACUUCUGCCAAUACAAACAUCAUUGCUACAGCAGGAAGUCUUGGCUAUAAUGCACCAGAGCUUUCAAAGACGAAGAAACCGACCACAAAAACCGACGUUUACAGCCUCGGUGUUAUCCUUUUGGAACUCUUAACUGGUAAACCACCUGGAGAACCAACCAAUGGAAUGGACUUGCCUCAAUGGGUUGCAUCGAUAGUUAAAGAAGAGUGGACCAAUGAAGUGUUUGAUUUGGAACUCAUGAGGGAUGCACCAACCAUAGGAGAUGAACUUCUUAAUACAUUGAAAUUAGCUUUACAUUGUGUUGAUCCUUCACCUUCUGCAAGGCCAGAAGUUAAGCAAGUUUUGCAGCAACUAGAGGAGAUUAAGCCAGAAUUGGUUGAAGCUGAAGUUGAUGAUGAUGGAGCUAAGGUUCAAACAAAUGAAUAAAGGGUUGGAGAUAUUUUAGUCACUUGAAUGAGUGGAGAAAAGAUUAUAUAUACAUAUAUAUUUUAUUCUUUAUUUUUGUUCAUUGAUUUUAUUAUUUAUGUAUAUAGGAAGUGAGUGAGGAUUUUGUUUUAGACAUCAAGGAUUCUUUUAAGUUUGGUGAAUAAUGAAUGUUUUUCAAUUGCUAUUUAAACUAAGAUGAUGCUUUUGUUUU